UGUACUACAACACCUCCAAACUUUAGCAACUUCUUCCCAAAUUCGACGGACUGAUGCACUAAUGUAGGCGUCGCCGGCCUUCUCGUGUAAGCGAGCCAACGUACUGUGCAUUGUGCAACGUAGUGCCAGACACUGCCAGUGCCACGGUCCCUUGUACGGCUACUCGGCUACGGUCCGACGCAGUGACCUGCUAGUCUCCAGCACUGUUGUGUCACAAGUCACCGACAUGUGGACCCUGCCAUUGCCAAUGUCGCAUCGGUAUGGGCGUAUGGCGAGUGGCUGACUGUGCUUUUACUACUCUCUGCUACGGCUCUGCGCUCAGCUCAGUCACCAAGGCGGAGACAACGCAGUUACCCAAAAGCCCCUCUCCUCGAGCCGAGCUUGCUUUCUCAGCUCCUCCUCCCCAUUUCCUCCAGCGAAAAAAAGGGCUUGAUUCUUUGAGCCCAAUCCCACCGCCGCAAUGCUGAUCGCGAGCGCGGGGAUGAACAUCAUGGAGUCGCAGCUCCUGUGGGAGUUCAUUGCCUUCCUCAAGGCCCGGUGGUCCGCGCGCUCCCGCGUCGACCAGCGCCGCCGCCGCCUGCGCCAGCUGGUGGCCAUGGUCCGCGCCGUCGCCGACGCCGCCGAGUCCCGCGGCGGCGGGGCAGCCGCCGUCCGCGACGGUUCCCUCUCGGCCUGGCUCCACGUGCUCCGCGCCGGGGCGCUGCGCGGGCAGGAGGUCCUCGAGGCCCCCGGCUGCGACGCCGCCGCCGUCGCGGGCUCCGCCAGGCACUUCCUCGCCGGCAUCAGGGCGCUGCUCGCCCGCAGCGCCGAGGUGGACCGCCUCACCGACGCCGUCGAGGAGCUCGAGCGACUCGCGGGGCCCGGCGGUGACCUCGACAUGUUCGUCAAGGUGCUCCGCCUCGACCGCCCCGCCCGCGCCACCGGGAUGGAGGUCGACGGCGGCGCGUCCGACCGCCAGGAAGAAGAAGGGAGCAGCAGCAGGGCCAGCUCGGGCCGCUCCCCGGGCGCCAAGAGGAAGCGCGCCGCCUCCAGCUCCGGCGCUGACGGGGGCUCUUCGGCGCCGCACGGUCAGGUCGACAACACGGCCCAGCUGCCGAAGCGCCGGGCGCUCGCCUGGAUGCGGCCGCACCAGUGGCUCCCCGCCGGCUUCGGCGGCCUCUUUGCCGCGACCCGCGAGCCGCCGCCGCCGCCGCCGCCGGUGCUGUCCCGCUCUCAGCGCGCCCGGGCGGUUGCGAAGGCGAUGUCCAGGGUCCGACGCCGCAUCGGCAAGCCGACGAGGCGCCGGCAGCAGCAGCAGCAGAGCCUCGGCCAGCGCCUGUCGCGGAUUUCCUUGUGAUGGGUCAGGAUUUGCUCCUGUAUUUUGCAACAGGGUGAGGAUUCCUCCUGCAAUCUGAGGGUUGAGGGGUUCAAUAGAUGCAAAUUACUAGAAGUUCGUUAGUUCCUCCUCCAACUUCUGAUUUAGUCAGCUGGAAGCUCCACUAAUGAGCUCAGCUUAGUACUAGUUCCACUACAUUUUGUACUACGAUUGACUGAGCUGAGCUGAGAGUGAGGUGGAUGGUUAAAGUCGGGGUGCUCGUGCUGUAGUGCAGUUGCUUCUUCUUC